AGAAUUAUUCUUAGGAAUCUAAUCUUUCUUCUUUCUCUCUCUACAUUUCCUCUGCAAAUUUUCUCUUCUCUGUCUCUCCGAUUAGAUUCUCUUUUACGUAUAUAUUAGUUCAACAACUUCUUAGCUUCUCCGUUGCCAUAGAAGAUGAUGAGUACCGUCGUCAAGAUCGAUGGGGAAGAACCAACCGACCUUCUUGACGAUCUAUCGGCCCAAGAACAGACGAUGAGCACCGUCAUCAAGGUCGAUGGUGAAGAACUGGCCGACCUUCUUCAUGAUCUAUCGGCCCAAGAACAGACAAUGAGUACCGUCGUCAAGAUUGAUGAUCAAGAAUCAACCGACCUUCUUGACGAUCUAUCGGCCCAAGAACAGACAACGAGUACCAUCGUCAAGAUCGAUAGUCAACAACCAACCGACCUUCUUGACGAUCUAUUGGGCCAAGAGCAGAUUGCAGUGGAGCUUCCUCAAGUGAAGUGUGGGGAUGGUCAUCAUGGGGUUUGUGCCAUUUGUUUGUCUAAGAUAAUUCUUCAAGAAACUGCCCUUGUAAAAGGUUGCGAGCAUGCCUACUGGUUUGUCUAA